AUGUAUCAGUGUGAGCCUAAGAACUGUACUUUACAUCGCUGUGAGCAAGACAUGUAUCAGUGUGAGCCUAAGAACUGUACUUUACAUCGCUGUGAGCAAGACAUGUAUCAGUGUGAGCCUAAGAACUGUACUUUACAUCGCUGUGAGCAAGACAUGUAUCAGUGUGAGCCUAAGAACUGUACUUUACAUCGCUGUGAGCAAGACAUGUAUCAGUGUGAGAACUGUACUUUACAUCGCUGUGAGCAAGACAUGUAUCAGUGUGAGCCUAAGAACUGUACUUUACAUCGCUGUGAGCAAGACAUGUAUCAGUGUGAGCCUAAGAACUGUACUUUACAUCGCUGUGAGCAAGACAUGUAUCAGUGUGAGCCUAAGAACUGUACUUUACAUCGCUGUGAGCAAGACAUAUAUCAGAUACUUUUGACAAUAUUGACCCACUUAGUUAUGUUGCAUUUCAUCCUCACUGAAAUUUGA